AUGUAUCGAAGCUUUACUCUUGCGACCUCACUGGUCGCUGCUGUUGCACGCGGCCAGCAGGUAGGCACACUGCAGACAGAAACCCAUCCUGCUUUGACAUGGUCGAAAUGUACCUCAGCAAGCAGCUGCACCACCCAAUCAGGAAAAGUGGUUAUUGACUCCAACUGGCGCUGGGUUCAUGACGCGACUGCAGGCAGCUACACCAACUGCUACACUGGAAACACUUGGGAUGCGACCUUGUGCCCAGAUGACGUGACAUGUGCUGCAAACUGCGCUUUGGAAGGUGCAGACUACGCAAGUACCUAUGGGGCUACCACGAGCGGGAACGCAUUAAGUCUCACCUUUGUCACGAAGGGAAGCUCCUCCACCAACAUCGGUUCUCGUUUGUAUCUCAUGGACACCGAUACCUCAUACCAACAAUUCGAUCUCCUGAACAACGAGUUCACAUUUGAUGUCGAUGUGUCAAACCUUCCGUGUGGUCUUAAUGGAGCGUUGUACUUUGUUUCAAUGGAUGCAGAUGGUGGAUUGGCCAAGUACUCUACCAACAAGGCAGGUGCCAAAUAUGGCGUCGGAUACUGUGACUCGCAAUGCCCGCGAGAUCUCAAGUUUAUUAACGGUGAAGGUAACGUUGACGGCUGGAAGGCUUCCAGCAACGACGCAAACGCCGGUGUCGGUGGCCAUGGUUCGUGCUGCGCGGAAAUGGAUGUCUGGGAAGCCAACUCAAUAUCCGCUGCUCUGACCCCGCACUCCUGUUCGACCGUUAGUCAGACAAUGUGUGAUGGCGACGCCUGUGGAGGUACAUACUCCAGCACUCGCUAUGCCGGCAUCUGCGAUCCCGACGGCUGUGAUUUCAACAGCUACCGGCAGGGCAACACGACAUUCUACGGCAAGGGUCUGACAGUGGACACCUCCAAGGUCUUCACAGUCGUGACGCAGUUCGUUGGCAGCCCCCUCACGGAAAUCAAGCGCUUCUACGUCCAGGACGGAGUCGUCAUCCCCAACUCCUACUCCACCAUCGCAGGCACCACGGACUACAAUUCCAUCACCACCGCAUACUGCGACGCUCAGAAGGCUGCUUUUGGCGAUAACUAUAGCUUCAAGACCCAGGGUGGGAUGGCAUCCAUGUCGUCGGCUAUGAGCGCGGGUAUGACGCUCGUCAUGUCCGUCUGGGAUGAUCAUUAUGCCAAUAUGCUCUGGCUCGACUCCACCUAUCCGACUACGGAUACUGCUGCUGGUGGACCGAGAGGUACAUGUGCGGUUACGUCGGGCGUGCCGGCUGAUGUCGAGGCUUCGAGCCCGGGUGCUAGUGUCAUUUAUUCGAACAUCAAGUUUGGACCUAUUGGCUCUACCUUUACUCAACCAGCUGGCACCUAA